UAAAUGUUUGUUAACUUAAGAGAGAACCAUAGGUUUUGCAAAAAGUGAAAAAGAGGCUUCGAUACUAUUUUUUUUUGCGUUAUUAUAUUAUACAAACUGAUAACUCUUGAACAUGUGUAAUUUAUGACAAAGCAAAAUAAUCUGUCAACAAGAAUACUAAAGCUAAACUACACUUUUGGAGUUUCUCUCCAAGGUAUAGCUUUCGAAAAGUCAAAACUGUUGCAUAAAAACCUUGGAACAUUGAUUCUAGCAAGUGAGGAACUAUAGGAAGGCCUUAAACUGUUUUCAAAAACGUCAUUCAAUCAGAUUUUCUAUUCGCAAGAGACUCUGACUUUAGGUCUAUGGAUUUUUUGUUUUCUUAUCUUUUUGUGGCGUCCGUCUUCCGUAUUGUUUAUUGUUUCAGUUUCUCCUGUUGCGUUCCAGAAUUAUUUGCAAUAGAGAAAAAGUCUUGCCGAAAUGGUCGAAAAGGAAAACAAGUCCUUAAGCUCGGUGUAUCAGGAGAAAUUCCAACCUGAUUAUUACAUUAGGCGAUACUAUUCGGGUUUAGAUGCUGGAAACGAGUUCUGUCUUCGCAACCUGCAUCAAUUUUUUAAACAAGCUGAAUCGAAUAAAAACACGGAAGGCGCUGCGAAAAAAGUUUUAGAAGUCGGAUCGGGGCCUGUGCCGAUUUACAUAAUUUCGGCCAGCCAAUGGACUGACUGGAUUGUUUGUAGCGACUUCCUGGAACAAAACAGACACAAAUUCAACGAGUGGCUAUCCACCGGACGUAAAGCUGACGAAACUUGGCUGCCUUAUGCACGUUACGUUGCCCAUUUGGAGUCUGAGAAUGCCGACCAGGAGUCUGCGUUCUUGGUGCUGGAGCGUGCAAGGCGUUCCAUUCGGUCCAUACUACCGUGCGAUGUUCUCCAGAGCGAUCCGUUGUUAGGAAAGGCCGACACUUUAUUUGACGUCAUAAUAUCCGUGUUUUGCCUUGAAUGUGCUGCGUCUUCCGCUGAAGAAUAUCGGAUUACCAUCACGAAUGUUGCUCGACUCUUACAACCCUCUGGCCACCUCAUCAUGAUGGGUGGACUGGAAGGCGAAUAUUAUUUUAUUUGCGAUAGAAAAAUCCCUAGAAUUAAACUCACACGGGAAAUGAUCGAUUCGGCCUUGGAAGACGCUGGUUGUAGAAUUGUCACCUGGGAAGAAUUGCCGCGAAGCUUACGGCCUCCGGAUUUGCCCAUUGAUUAUAAAGCAAUGUUUUUUUGUGUAGCAAAAAAAAAAUUACUGAUGUGAGUUUAUGAAAUGGAACUCAUGGGAAUUUUCCGAAGAAAAAUACAUAGCUUAAUAUACAA